UCGGAGAACCCAUGCGCCCUACCUUUACUCCUGUUUAUCAUAGACCUGUGAUCGAUCAGUGGAAAACGAUUUGCCUCAUUCUGUUAGUGGAUUCUAAAAACCUGAGGUCUAAGCAUUUUAUAAUACAUUUUGGUGAUGGAAAUUCGGUACACCUGUUAAAAGCAACAAUGCACGUGUCCCAUCGGAUGCAGAAUCAUUAGGUGGAAUAUGAAACAGGGCUGGCUGCCCAAAAAUUUUCAUUGGAAAGGCAAAAAAUUGUGAUAGGUGUCCUUUGCGUUUGCGCAGAAUAGGAACCAGUGUGAGAGAAGAUAAGGACUGAGAGCAAGGAAGACAUCAGCAGCCCAAGCGGCAGCAUAUAGGGACACACACUAGCAGUAGAUCGAUCGUCUUUUGGUGAGACAAAGAGAGAAAGUUGAGAGAUGGCAGAUUCGUUGAAUAAAGAGAUACGUAGGAGUUCUUGAAGAAAAGGAAAACGGCCAUCCUGACUGGACCGACGACAUGGAGGGUGUUUUCAAAGAGUUGUGAUUGUGAUUCCAUCUGAAUACGGCAAACUGGAUAAAAACGGCCAAAGGAGUCUACUGUGUUUAAGUUCUCGGUGCGGUAGAUGUCGUAUUUACUGAACUUUAUCGAGGCAGUAAGGGGCUCAGGCAAAUGCCCCGAAAUUGUUCAUUUGAGGCAUGUCGUAAUGGCAAGGGAGGAGUCUCGUGGCAAGAGGCCUUUGAAAAUCUGGGACAGUUGGCGUAAUGUCCGUAAAGGUCUUGUCGUUGGCAGUUUCGAAGAAUUAAUAGUCAGAGGGAAGGACAAACUCGGUGUCCCAGCAUCGGAACCAGUACGAUUGGUUCUAGAAUGCGAUGGCACUCAAGUAGAGGAUGGCGAAUAUUUUCGGACACUUGCUAACAACACAGUUCUGUUACUGUUGCGGCAGGGGGAGCGGUGGUAUCCAACAGGUGUCGAUGUAAUUAAGGCUGCUAUUUCUGCCAUUCCCAAAAUUGUUUGCGAGACUAUACACGCCUUGGAGCUGCAGGAUGAAACACCAUCUUGGAAGAUUAUGGAUAACAAGGGACGUGUCACCGUUGUACUACACUGGGAUCAACGUCAAGGUGGUCAAGGAGGGCAAACGAGCACCAGCAGCAGUGGACUCGGUGGCGUGGGUGGUGGUGGAGGGGUCUUAAGUAACGGUCCUUGUUCAGACAAAUUUUCGCCGUCAAAGAAAAGUUUAUCAACUCAAAAUUCUUUAGAUAAAAGUUCGAUCGCAAGUCAACAGCGCUCUAGCCCACAGAUCACUGUGAUAAAUCACGAUGAUCCACAGUCGGCAAUCUACCACUCAGCAAGACGCCUAUCGAAGCAGGGAGGAUCAUUUGAUAGUGCUGUGGGAGCUGUGCAUAUUCAUACUCCAGAGUGUGCUCAUCACGCUCACACACCUACACGAGCUGGAAGCCCUGGAGCGACUGAAUGUGAUUUCCACUGUUGUGCAUUACACGAAGAGGGCAGGAAAAUUGCCGUGCAUAAAAAUGUGGCAACUUCCCCAAUACAAGAUGGUUCCACCAGUCCACAGCCACCACCAAGUAGUCUUUCAGACAGUAGACGAACGUCAACUACCAAAGGACACGUGCGCUUCCUCGACAUCGGGCCAGAACGAGACAGUUCCGAGAGUGAAACAGAAAAUACCGUUAUGGAAGACGAAACUGUCACGUCAGAAAAGUUUCUGUUACUAAUUGAUCAGCUGUCGGUAGACCAGAAGCGUCACCUUAGCAUAAAGGACAUCGGCAUUAUUCUCGAAAGACUUAGCUCUAAAAUUCUAGACGUGGAACGUUUGGAUCGAGAAAGUGAAUCCGAUGAUUGCUACAAUUGGACGAUCAAAGCAACGAUUAGGGGGGAUGCAUUGCGUGAGUUAGGAGUGAUUUACAAUGGAAAUUACUAUGCAAUAUCGGAACACCCAGGUUACAAAGAAGAAAAUGAAGAAAACGGCGAAGACGUAGAGGAUGAAGAUGAAGACCGAUUAUAAAAUGAUUCUUUGUGAUCGUGAAAUAUCUCAAAGAACAUAACAGGAAAUAGAAUACAAUAAUCCAAAUACUGUUGAUAAGGAAAUCAAACACGACUAUUGCAUACAAGUAUAUAACGAUGAUUGACAGCAAAAUAUGUGUAUGGUCGCUGGUAUAGCUACGGAGAAUUGUAAGUGCAUGUGGUGCCACAAUCAGUGUCAUUUUAAACGACACGUGAUCACCGUGAGACAGAUCCGGAAAUCGAAAACACUCUCCAAAAUACUAAAGCUGCCAUUACAACAAGAAAAAAACGUAUAAAAGUAACUAAACUAAUUUGUAAAAGUUAUUGAUAAAACAGAAACAAAUAUCUAGAUCUUAAAAAGAAAACGCACAUCAUUGUAACCAUUACAUAAAAAAUGAAGCAAUUAUUAGAAAUCAAUCUAAUUCAAACAGGCAAUGACUCAUUUGUUGGAAAUAAGGGCUUCAUAUGCGAGAAGAACAUCAAUGAAGAUUCAAAGAAAAUGGAAACCUGUUCACCUUUAACAGAAAAUUCAUGUAAGGUAACCGAAAUGCAUACAUUAGACAUUACUCGUGUCUAAUUUCAUGAUAGAGUUAGUAGGUAAAAGAUGGGAUACGAUUGCUAAACCUUUAUUAACGGGAAUCCUUGUAAUCAAGAAAAUACUAGUAAUAUAGUAAUACUGUAUUUACUAAGAAUAACAUAAUCUAUACAAAGAGGAGGCUAAACCUGUUGAAAUGCAGUCGUAUCACCAAGUUAGAAUCUAAAUCAAAGCAAAAAAAAAUAAUAUAUAUUAUAUUAUUAAAGAAUUAUGUCUUACAAUGCAUCAUUUCCGUAGAAAUGAUAAAAUUUUUACUAAAAACAUAAAAAAUUAAAAUGAAAAAAUAGUUAUACAUGAAAUGAUAAACAAAUAAGUCAAUGUAUUUGUACACUUGCACUAGCUGUGUAUACGUAUGGAUUCCUGCAUGUACGUGUGUAUAUUUGUAUGUGUUGGUGUGUAUGUGUGUGGAUGUGGGCAAACGUAGUGAAAGCCACAACGCCAACACUAACGAAAAAGUUUUCAGCAAAACAAAUGAUAUGAACGCUCAGUUUUUCUAUAUUUGUUUUCUUCAAUUUGCACCGUGCAUUAGUAAACAAAGUCACUUUCUAGUACUUAUACUAAAUACUAUAGACUUUUCGAGACAUGCAUAGCCCGAAGCGCUGCAAUAAAAUCCCCAAAAGUAGAGAUUACAAAAAAGACUAACUUAAAAAAUAAGACAAAACAGUACGUGUCACAUAUUAAGCAUUAGAACAACUUUUUAUCAUACACUUCAAACCAUUUUAGUCACUCGAUUUUAAUUCACGCAAAUAAAAACAACAAAAGUAAAAAAAACCUAUGUAUCAUACUGUGACCUUAGGCCAAAACAUUGCUUGCGUGAAUUGAAAAGGAUUGACUCACUCAAAAUGAUUUAAAGAUGAAUAAAAAGACACUAAUAAUACCUUUCACAACUCCCAUAUUCACACACAGACGCAGUUUAGCAUUCGUCUUCUACUACACGUAAAAAGAUCAAAGAUGUGCUAACUCACACGAAUAUACAAACCAGCUAAGGAAGCAGUAAAACCCAGCAGAAAACCUGGAGGCAAAGUUUUUAAUUAUUUUUAAUGCAAUAACAAACUGUACCAAUAUUAUUUUCGUAUCUGUCUUUGGUGGCAUCAAAGAAAGUAACUAUAAAAAGAAAUAAUAUUUUUAAAGAUUGAUUCAAUAGUCUAGUUGUUCUCAACAAUCGUCAUAGUUUUUACUGGUUGUUUUGAGAGACACUGUUUUAAAUAAUUAAAAAAAAGGCAAAAAUAGGAGUCUAAUAAAUCAUUGAACAAAAAGUUUAAUAAUUCAGCUUGCAAAACAAUGCUGAUUUUUAUUUAUCUUUUUAAUCUUCAAUAUUCUUUCAAUGCCCAGGCGACACUUUUUAAGUGCAAGCCAAUUGGUUAUAUUAUAAUCAAAAAUAAAAAUUGCUCGAACAACUGCGUCAGUAAAUUGGAUCAAAUUUUUUUUUAUGUUUGCAAACAAACUUUCACGAGGAACAGAUUUCCUUUAUUUUUUUUUUUGCGCAAACAAAAUCAACAUAUAUGUUUAUCAAUAACAAUAACCAUUUUGAAAUGUUCUGUCUGUCCCUUAUUUUAAAACUGUUGAAGUUGAAUAUGCGUUUUUAUCUUGACUCAGCAAUGUAACUCUAAGACCUCAGCUCACAAUUAUAAUUUCUUUAUGUGCCAAAAUAUUUUAAAGUGCCAAAAAUAGAUAUUAAGAUCUGCACUGUAGUUUUCAGAAUUUUCAGAAACAGAAUUUUAAAAGUGACUGGUAAAAUAUAAAGUUUGUGUUUUAUUUCGUUAAACAUAUAAAUAUACAUUUUGUUAUUGUUAUACAACAUGUUCUCUUUUUUCCUAAGUUGUCCUGAAGAUCGUACUUGCUCUGUAACUAAACAAUAAUUAAUGAAAGAAUAAUUCUCCAAAAAUGCAUUAUUGGUGAUAAAAAAUACAAUAUGUACCACCUACUUAGUUCAAAACUGAAACACAUUAGCCUAAGUUGCCUCGGACAUUCAGUCGUAUCAAACUGCCGCUGUCGUAAUGGCUACUCAAAAAAUCAGAUACAAAAAAACAGUGGAAUCUCAGUUGAUAAAGUUUGCAAGUAUUUCAAAGCGAACAUGUAUUGUCAAAAAUAGCUGAGCCAUUGCAUUGGUCGUCGAUGAGUAGUGGUUUAAAUGGAAUGAAACAGAAAUGUAGCCGAGCAACAAAAUGAGUAAAAGUAAAAAUAAAUAUCUGACACUGCCCUAAGCCCUGAAUGAACACAAAAAAAUCAUGUACUAGCAAAACGAAGAAUGCACAUGUUUUAUGAGCAUCGAAUUAAACAUCAAAUAAUAACAUGAAAUUGAAUUAAAACAACACAAAAAAGUGAGGGGCCGACAAUCCUUCAAAUUCAUUGAAACCAAAACUAACUUAAUACUACACGAUAUCGAUAAUGUAUUUUUUUUUAAAUAAACAGUCACGAAAAGACGUGCAAAAUACUUAAGUCGAUCACGAAUGGUGUGUACGGCUAUCGUCGCAAUUAGCCAACACAAUGGAGAAACUCAUUGAUUAGGGUCGAAUUCAUUUAAUAUCUAGAAUAAAUAACCUAAUUAUUCAAGUAAACAUGGAAAAUAAAAACUAAAUAAACGGGUUUUGAAUAUAAUUCAAUAAAAAAUAGAACGAAACGAGCAAAUCGGCGACUAGACAAAUGAAGAGAAAAUGAAAAGAGGGAAAUUGUUCAAACGAUAAAAUGAAAAAGCAACCGGAAAUAAAAUAUUUAAGUAUGUUUAACAAAAAAAUACAACCUAAUGUUUUGUAUAGAAUAUUUCUGUUAUAUUAUGUAUAAAUUAUUUAAAUGAAUAAACUUAAUCGCUUAAGAAAAGUUUAAAAUAAAAUUA